AAUCGUGUUCGCGCGAGAGCGUCCUUCGCGCUUGUUUACGACGCGGUGCGCGGGCGCGGGCGCGCGACAAUCGGCCCGCUUCCGGCGUUUACGAUCGGCGCCGAGCGAAACUGGAACGAGACCACGGACCCGGGCUGGCUUAACGGACACGUCACGUGUGCGCGCGCGCGCGUUUCUGAAUUCUGAUCCGCGCGACGGAUUUUCGCUGAGCGAUAAUCGCGGGCGAAUAAUCACCGGACACGUUUAAGCGCGCGGGACCGACCGUGUGGUUGACGCGAGCACGCGAGUUGACGGGUCCGCAGAUUUUCGGAUCCCUUGAAUUUCCGCGGCGACGCUGACCGGCGAGUCGUCGAAACGAGGAUAGCGGCGGAGACUCAACGGCGUCGACAUCGGGCGAAGCAACGAGGUUGCCGCAACGAGAGGGCCGAUAAGGAGGCGGAGCAGCGCGUACACGAGGAGGGAAAGUAAGGGGGAGAGAUAAGAUACCGGCUGGAAGGAAGAAGCGCCGACUUAUCCUGUUGUUACGCUCCUCGGGGACACUCCGCGUGUUUUCUCCGCUCGGGACGGGAGUGACUUUUCCGCGGACUCGCCGGCGAGUCGAUCGCACGCCGCGUUCCCCCCCGUCUGUAUCUCGUCGCCGUGGCGCCGUGGCGCCUGUUGCUGUCACCGUCGCCGGAGCGAUGCGUCGCCGGUGUAACAAUCGCCAAGGUAAACCGUCGCCACCGGUAGUGGACGAUCGGCGCUGAAUGGAGAGCGAGAGAGAAAGAGAGAGAGAGCUGACCGCACUCGAUCAGAUCGCACGUACAAUUAAUGCAAAGUGAUGCAGUGCCGUAGUGUCAGUGACCAGUGCCACGUGCCCGUUGUUUGGAUUACUUGAAGAUGCCUUCGUCCGGCGGCGGAUAUUAUGACGACAGGAAUCCUCUGCUCAAGGGCACCUUAUCGAGCGUGGAGCGGGACCGGCUUCGGGAAAGAGAGCGACAGGCCCGCGCGGCGAUGUCGGUCCAGGCGGAGCAGGUGGCUGCGGGAGGUGGUCCUGAUACAAGACACCAUAAUCCCAACAUGCAUGCCUCUCAUGCGCCGAACCUCUUCCGUGCCCCCGUCAGGGUGAAUCCUGAUCCACAAAUCCAAUCUAAGCUGGGCAACUAUAUGCUAGUGAAGCAUCUAAUGGACAAGCCUAAGCGCUUGAUCGGCAUCGAUGGCAUCGCGGCGAAUCCGCCGGCGCCCUCGCCAGCGCUCUCCGCCCACAAAUCGGGCACGGAUAGCUCCAGUAGGAGCUGUUCCCCGUCCACCGGACAAGAGUUCAAGAAACCUGGUGGGCUACGGGGCACGAGCGCCGCGUCUUCCUCGUCGAGCGCGGGCCAUCAGCAACGGGGCGGCUUCGUCAAGCCCGCUGAUAGCAAGCCGUCUUAUGGUGGCCGGGGUGCCUACCCCGGUCAACCAGUCAAGCACGGCGGCGGCGGCAACGAUCAUCGCAGCCACGGUUUGCUUCCGGCCAAGGGCCCGCCGCCGUCCCAACCGCACCCGCCCUCUCCCGUGGGGAAUAACGGCGCGCUGUCGAUCGGCAACUCCGGCGGAAGUGCCGGCAACCUCGGCGGCGGCGGCGGCGGCCUCGCGAGCCGCACUCAAUUCGCCGGACGACUGAAGCUCAUCGAAGUUAACGGGUCUAACUCGCGAUCAUUGAUCGAUACCCCGGACGUGGAAAACAUUCUGAAGGAUGUAGCUGUGCCACUCACACCGCUGACGGCGAUCGCACAGACACCGCGGAAGGAGCACGAGUCCAAGUUCACCUUCAACCCCCAUCUGGCGAAGUUGACGGAAGUCGCCCCGCCAGAGCCUGCGAAGCCACAACGCCAGCAUAACGCCAGCAGACUGUCUGCGGAUCUCGCUCGGGAUCUGAGCCUGUCGGAUAGCGAGGAUGAGGAGAGUAAGGAAACAUCGUCGAGACCGACGAGAGGAAACAGGAGUCCGGAUCUCACGGUCGUUCUAUCGGCACCGUUGAUGACGUCGGUGCCGCCAACUUUGACACCCAUAUCGCCCAUGGUCAUGUCACCCGUGGGCCCGUUGUCACCCCCGCGGCCGAUCAGCCCGCCGAGAUACCCGUCACCGCAGCUGAAGCGGUCGACACCGAAGCAAGAGCUGUCUCCUCCUCCACCUGCUCUCAAUCAUCCCCUGCCAUCCACGUGCUCCCCGGCGAAUCCGGUCGUUGUUGGCCAGCCGUCGAGUCCAGCUGAGGCGCCGCAGAGCUCCGGUAGCGCCAGCUCGAGCUCGGACUCCGGCUCGGAUUCCGGCUCGGACAGCAGCGACGACUCCGAGGACGAGGAGGACCUGGCGUCGGCGCCACCGCCGUCCAAGGGGCCCACGACGCCGCCCUCGGUCUCGCCGAAGCAGGAGAACCUAGUCGAGGAACCGCCGCCCGCUGUGGAGGAGCGUCGCUGGGAUCUCAGCUCCUUCUUCAACAAGACAGCGGUGCAGCAUGGCGAACAGAACUCCGAAUCGAAGCCGGCCCAGGAUAACGCCAGGCGGGAGAAUAUUCUCGAGUUGACGACGGAGACGAUUAGACCGCACAGGGAACAGCCCCACGAUUGGCAGCUCGACGAGGCCAUGAAGAGGCCUCAUAACAUGAGUUCCCUCAGCGACAGCGAUCAUCACUCGGACCAGGAGAAGGUACAUCAGCUGGUCGAAGAUAAUCACGCCCAGACGGAGAAGCCGAAGGCUGAUACCAGGAAACGCGGGCGACCCAGGAAAUCCAACAAGAGCCCGAAACGCAGCCACCGGACGGCGGACGAGAGUCCGAAGGAGAGCCUGAAGAACGGCAAGCCACGCAGCCACCGGGCGAGAACGGUUGCCACUAGCAACAAGAAGAAGCAACCCAAGUCGAAGGAAACGGUGACCACGAGCGACGACGACAGCGACGCGAGAUCGCAGAGCGAUUCCGACAGCGAUCGUCGACCUACCAAAGUCUCGGCCGUAGCACCGACGAGAAACGAAAAGAGAUCGAGACUGAGCUCGUCCAGCGACGACGAGAGUUCGCCGCCGAACAGGAAAAAUAAUAAUAGUGCCUCCGAGGACGACGCCGCGCGAUGGACAAGAGUGCCCCCCAUCAAGCGGAACAACCUGUUGGACUCGCCGAAGAAGCAAGACCAGAAGAAAAAUUCCGCCAAGGGCAAGCCCAGGCAAUCGAGGUCCAGAGUGGCCAACGUAGCCGGCGGCUCGGACUCCGACAGUGAAUUGGAGGUGUCUGUAAGGAGUAAUCGCAUCAAAGUUGCUCGUGUGCCACCCAGACCGCGAGUACAACCAACGAGGGUACAACCAGCGACUUCGCUAGAUAACUCUGAUAGCGAGGCUUCGAAGUUACAAGAGGACGACGCGGGCAAUGUGCAGGACAAAAAGAAAAGCGACACGCUGCGCCACGUUUUCUCCACGUCCAAGGGCGGCGGAAAAGGUGGUGGAAAGGGUGGGAAAGGUGGAAAAGGCGGCGGUAAAUGCGGCAUCUACGUGGAGGAGUACACGAGCAAUUCUGCUACGCAUACACCGACGGGCGGGGACAGUCCUUACAAAAGACCGUCUUCGCGUACGUCCGGUGGUGGUAACAACAUUCUCGUGCGCACCCCUCCAGCGCUCGUACACGUCAACGGCGUACCGAGCCUCGUGUGCAAGAUCGAUCUCGCCAGGAUAUCCUCGCAAAUUCUGCAACUAUCGAGAGGCCAAGAGCUCCGACAGCGUACGGAAUUGCCGGAUACCAGGCCGUCUUCGAGGCAGAGGCCGUCCUCUAGCUUGGCGACCUUACAACCACCGAGGCCGUCCACGCCAGAGGAGGGUGAGAUCAUCGAUAUGCCGCCGUCGCAGCAGCAGGUUGUGUCGGAUCGCACGAGGAUUCAUCGUUCCGACAGACUGCUAGGCGAGGGUGACGGUAGGAGCUCGCGUUCUGUGAUCAAGGGCCAGCCGAUAUCUGACUCGAAGAGUGGCGGUACUAUUCUCGGAGGUGCCGGUAGUGCUAGUGUUACCGGUGCGCUCGUUAACGCACCCAAGAGGAAACGUAAUCCGAGUUGUAGUUCCGUGUCCAGUUUGAGCCCGGUUCAGUGUUCGGUUGACGCGAAAACUAAGAGUUCGUCCGAACAUAAGGACAGAAGCCGCAAAAGACAACGGAGGCAUGCCGCGAACGACGGGCUACUGUCCAGUCAGCAAAGUGAUAUUCAGCCGACAAAUCACGAAAGGGACGAGAAACAAGAUUCGAGUUUAUUGCCACCGCCACCUCUUCCAGCACAGCGCGUCUACUAUUCUUACUUUGAUCCUCAAAAUGAGAUAUUGGAAGAUCAGGAUAGGGACCACGACCAGUACCUGACCGAAGCUAAGCGACUAAAACACAAUGCCGACGAGGAGAAUGAUCUUACAGCACAGGGCAUGAUGUAUCUAGAGGCCGCUCUGUACUUCCUCCUGACAGGCGAUGCGAUGGAAUCGGACCCAGUUACGGAAAAAGCGUCGUACACUAUGUACAAAGAUACUCUCAGUCUCAUUAAAUACAUCUCGUCGAAGUUCAAGAGUCAACCCAACAACUCACCCGAGAACAGUAUACACACUAAGCUGGCAAUUCUGAGCCUUUGGUGCCAGUCACGCUUGUACUCCAAGCUUUAUAAUAUGCGCAAACAGGAGGUGAAAGAGGUCCAGAAGAUCGUUAACGAUUUCAAUCAAAAGCAAUCUCAACAAUCGGUAGCUCAGACUACGCCUGCUCAGGCGGAGGGACAAGGUACGCCUUCUCUGUCGCCUACGCCGUCGCCCGCCGGUUCUGUAGGUUCCGUCGGUAGUCAAAGUUCCUCCGGAUACAGUAGCGGUGGGCAACAUCCGGCAACAUCGGUCAACGGCCAAUAUAUUAGCGUGCCAGUGCAGGUCUACAAUGCGAUGAUGAAGCAGAAUCAGUAUUCAGGUUUACUUACGAACGGUCACGACCUAUGGGACCAGGCAAUAAAGCAAGCGAAACAGGAAGAGAAUAGAAGCUUUUUCAUCGACUUGGACCGGAGAUUGGGACCCCUGACAUCGUAUAGCUCGCUACGCGAACUCGUGCGUUACGUUCAAGCGGGUAUAAAGAAGUUACGAGCUCUCUGACCACAGUGGCACAGCCCCCGACCACCCACCCCAAACUACAUUACUUCCCUUCCUCAAAAUAUGGUCACAUACCCGACCAUGUACACGUAGUUGCGUAGCAUCGUUGCGUCAAUCAUUGUGACGUCAAUCGGCAGCCAACGGUGCGUAGAGACGUGAGAGACAGGAAGGUGCGAUAGUGGUGAUAUAGCGAAAUCACGGACUAUUUUCUCUGCGAGAAGUGGUCUCGGGGGUGCGAUCGAAUCGAUAACGAGGGUCACGGCAAUCUAGGGGAAAAAAACGGAGAGAAAACGAGAGCAGCUCGUGUGAGGUCUCCUUUAGUCGGACGACGUGGAGGCAUUCUUGAUAUAAAUUUAGCAGCAAGUUUAUAGUCAAUUGCAAAGCGCGUGCCUGAGGGGCGAGGGAAAAGGCGGCCGACCGAGGGGGAGAGAAGUCGCUUUAUCUUACCACGGUGCAUAAACGAACCUCGUGCACUUUGUUUAGAGCACGUGUUACUUACUCUCGAGGCGCAGUGGAGAAUCGUCGGGGCGGGAAUGAUAUCGAGACGCUCGCGUGUGACGACGCGAGCGCGUUAGAUUUCUCUUGCGAGCCGCAGUGAUAACUCGUGUCUAUUUUUCCGAAGUGUCCGCUUUUGUAAGUUAACGCAUAGAUAUCGACACGAGUUCCGGUUAGGGGAGGAAAAUCGGAGGAAGAUAGGAAGGAAAAUAGGGAAAGGGGGGGGGGGUAGCUCUGAGGGAAAAAAAGAGAAAAACUGAAUAGGAAAAAAAGAGAAAAAGUAAAACCACUAAAUGGGGGGUAGUAGAAGUGCCACGUAAAAAGCGCCCGUGUGUUCUCGCUUCACGGUGCACCCGACGUUACCUGAAGCAUGAGUAUCGUUUCGGCGAUUCGAAUGCGAUGAAUAUAACUGGAUAUAUACAUAUUUAAUAUAUAUAUAGUUUAUUACCUAUAUAAAUAUAUAUAAAUAGUUAUAAAGAUAACAAUAUAUUUAAUGACGCGAACGGAGAUAAUGCAUCUCGCGCGCCGGCGCCGCGUUUCAGUAUAGGGGAACAGACAACAGUUGUAUUCGCGAAUAGGGGAGGGUACCGUGAUAAAAUGAGGACGAGAGAUAGAGAAAGAGAGCGGGCAGGAUUAGAGUGUUUUCGGUGGGGAGAUGCGCGAGCAACAGGAUCAACAACCAGGAUCAAGCGAUGCUAUAGUUAAACUAUAGUCGUAACGUUUGCGUGCGAAGCACACGACUCUUUUUUGUAGAUAGAUCACGGGGUAAGUAACUUAGACUAGAGUAUAAUAUGCAAACAGGAAAAGCAGUAAACAGAUGCGACUAUACCAAUACAUAUUAUUUACAUUUACCUAGAGUUAACCGGGCGAGACAAGUAGAGGUUCUAGUGCGAUCGCGAAAAGAAGGAAAACUAAUAACAUACCACAUACACGCAUAUACCAAUAGUAUGAUUUAAAAAUGCAAGCGAGGGAAGAACAGCGAGAUAAUCGCGCCAAAAGUGCGCGACGGUGAAGUACGGUGUCGGGCAAGAUUACGUUCGCGAAUGAUAAGUAGCACAGCAUUCGAGAUUGCUGUUCGCGAACGAAUCUCGCCUGUACACCGGACUCCGAAGGGGCGAACAUCCUCUUGCGCGCACGGCACGAGAUGCUAACGGUGGAAACAAUGAGAGCGAGAGCGAGAGAGAGAGAGAAAGAACAAGCGCAAGCGGACAAGCAAGUUGCUCAUGUGUAUAUUUUUGUAAAUAGAUAUUUGUGAGUGCCGCCGUCUUGAGGGUGGUCUACCGUCGUUAAGCUCGCGGUAGAUCGGCCCGUCCCAAUUUUUGCUACCACAGAUCUUGUCCAGAAUCGGGUAAGAGAUUACAAAUAGGGAAAAAAAGGAGGGAUAUGAGAGGAUGUAACGAAUCAACACACGACGAAAUGUCCGUUGAAUUUAGUUCCGAAAGAAACAUGUAUGCUCCCCGCGCUUUCCUACUUUUGAGAACGGUCCAUUCGUGCGUUCGCGUUACUCCCUCGGACGAGGUUUCUUUUUAAUCUGUUCCCGUUUAUUACGAUCGCUUCUCGAUGUGCAAAUCGCGUCGGGAGGAACUCUGAACGCGUCGCGGCAGCUUUGUUGCUCGAGUUUUAACCAGUGAUUUGAUUCGCCUCAUGUCUCAAAUGCAUCUCUUCCCCCCUUCCCCCGUAUUCGAUGAAGAGGUACUCGAGCGGAUUGCUAUUUGGCAACAGGAAAGUGUGUAAUUGGCGACACACCCCCGAUCCCGGAUUUCAUUUUCUCGAUAAACUGGCGAAGCGAACUUGCGAAAUUCGAAUUCCCGAUUCGAAGGGACCCUUAUCAAAUCCAAGUUCGAAACACGAUCGCGUAGUUUUAAUACAUAUCCGAUCUAAAUUUAAUUCUCCCAAGUGACGGACGCACGUCACCCGACCGGUGGAUGACCGACGGCAUUUCUCCGAGACUGUAGGACCAAUUAUCAUUCGUUCAAUUUACAAAAUCGCGUUGUCUCGUUUCCGAUGUCUUUGUUGUUGGCGCAACAUCGGGAAAGUUGAUGGAGAGAAAACGCAGGCGGAUUGGCGGGAUCACGACGGCCCAUAGUUACUAAGCGCGGUCCAAUGGUUCACGGGAUACAAUUUUAUAUUUCGCGAGUGCUAAAGGAUAAAGAGAAGAGACUAAAAGUAAAAGUAAAAAAAAAAGAGAAGAAGUCUAUUAAGGAGCUUCGAGAAUAUUUUCGAGACAUUAUAUUUAUAGCAGAUACAUAUAUCAGGCCCAUUUUCCCGCCAGGCCGACCGCCCGAAAAAUAAAGAGAAGAACGAGCGGGAACCUAAAUUUCUGACGAGGCACCAAGUCCAAGUUCGGCAUAGUUUAUCGAGGAGGCGAAAAACGCGGACGGUGGAAUUUUUAUUUGCACGCGCAUAUUCAAAAAUUAUGUUUUACGAGCGAAAGAGAUUGUCGGUUAAUGUAUAUAAUUAUCUAUUUUUAGAUAGAUUGUUUUUUUUUUAUAUAACAUUCUUUUCGAUCAUUUCGGGAUGAUGUAUGUUCCUGCAUGACUUCCAAAGAUAAGCGAAGGGUGCUGUCGCCCCUUAAGGGCGUCACAGCGCGAAGUUUGAUCGGAAAGCACUCGCUACUUUCUGGUUCUUUCGUAGACUCUUUACGGUUUUUAUUUCUUUUUCGCCCCUUCCCGCUCCCCCCUGCCAUUUUGUGCAUCGAUCAAAAUGGUUGAAUCGCGGAAUUGCGUCGCGCGAUGUUUUCGCUAUUAUUCUAUUAAGCUAUUAUUAAUAUCAUCGUUACUGUUAUUGUUAACACUGAUGAUAUUAUUGGCGGUACACGAUAACAGUUACAAUCGGUAAUGAUAAUGAUUAUCGUAAUAAUAAUACUUAUAAUAGGCAUAGAUGGUAAUUAAUAAUGGUAACAGUAACGAUGUUACUAUUUUACUGCGUAAUGAUUAUUAUGUUGCGAGUAAUAUUAUAAUCUUAUCCUUUUUUUUGAAGAUAUUUGAGUGAGAGAACGAGUGUAAGACGUCGGUAAAGUGCGUGGGAGGUGGAAAGCGGAGACGUGCGCGUCACACACACACACACACACAUACAUUAGAGAAAAGUGUACAUUAUUCCUACUUUCAUCAAGUUAUGUUCGGGGUUUCGAUCAGGCAAUCACGACCGCGCAGACAGAUAUCGUCCUCGUAUCUGUAAAGGAUCUUAAUAGAGAGCUUAAUUAGCGCCAUUU